AUGGCCAGUAAGAAGGCUUCCAACAAGAGGCAGCGAGCGGCACAGAAGUCCUGCUCCAAUGUCUUCUCCAUGUUCGAGCAGUCGCAAAUACAAGAAUUUAAAGAGGCUUUCGGCUGCAUUGACCAGGACAGAGACGGUGUCAUCAAAAAGCAGGACCUCAAGGAAACCUACUCACAACUCGGAAAACUAAAUGUUCCGGAUGAGGAGUUGGAGGAAAUGCUGAAUGAAGGAAAGGGUCCCAUCAACUUCACCGUCUUCUUGAGUCUGUUCGGCGAGAAACUCAACGGCACGGACCCAGAGGACACAAUACUUGCUGCUUUUAAACUUUUUGAUCCAAAUGCGACUGGAUUCGUGAACAAGGACGAGUUCCGGAGACUUCUGAUGAAUCAAGCAGACAAGUUCACAGCAGAAGAGGCAGACCAGGCCUUCUCUCUCGCACCCAUCGAUCCCACCGGAAACAUCGACUACAAGUCCCUGUGCUACACCAUCACCCACGGCGACGAGAAGGAGGAGUCCUGA